CCUCGUUUCGCGCUCAGCUUGAGCGACAGGCCGCAAAUGGAGCCCGAAAGCUCGCGUCAAAGUCCAACCGACGUGGGGUGCACCGAACGGCCAGACUUGAGGCAAGAGACCCCAGGCAGGGAGGAGGCAAAAGGCGCAGACGGGAGCGCAGUGGUGCCCUUACGGCGAAGAGGACGAGAUGAAGAUGGCAAAGAUGGCAAAUCGGAACGUGGAGCGUGUGCUGGAGAAAGCGAGGAUCUGCUGAAAAGCGGACACCAACAAGAUGCUGCUGCUGCUGAUGCUGCUGCUGAUGCUGCUGAUGCUCCUGCAGCUGCUGCUGGCAAAUAUGAGGAGGAGCUGGAUCCAAGAAUUCAGGAGGAACUGGAGCACCUCAACCAAGCCAGCGAUGAGAUCAACAAGCUGGAGCUUCAUUUGGAUGACGCCAGGUCCAGCUACAGGAAAAUUCUCACCCAUUCUGCCAGGAAGCUGAAUGCUCAGGGCUCCCAACUUGGUGCCUGUAUUGAGAAAGCCAGGCCUUACUAUGAAGCCCGCAGACUGGCCAAAGAGGCGCAGCAGGAGACCCAAAAAGCUGCUCUGAGAUACGAAAGGGCCGUGUCCAUGCACACGGCUGCCAGAGAGAUGGUGUAUGUGGCCGAACAAGGCCUGUUGGCUGACAGGAACACCUUGGACCCCACCUGGCAGGAGAUGCUCAACCACGCUACUGCUAAGGUGAACGAGGCUGAGGAGGAGCGCUUUCGCAGUGAGCACGAGCACCAGCGGGUCACGCAGCUCUGCCAGGACGCUGAGGCCAAAGUCCAAACGCUCCAAAAAUCACUCAAGAAGGUCAUCCUCAAGUCCAAACCCUACUUUGAACUAAAGGCUCAGUUCAACCACAUCCUGGAGGAGCACAAGGCCAAAGUGGUAAAGCUGGAGGAGCAAGUCGCCAAAGUCAAAACACGCUAUUCUGUGGCUCUGCGGAACCUGGAACAGAUCAGCGAGCAGAUCCACGCGCAGCGAGGGCCACCCGGCGCCAGCAGGGGCCGACCGGCCGCGUGCGGCGGCGCCCGCCGCGGCUCUCCGGUCGGCGCCGAGAGCCGGACGGCCUCCGGCGGAGGAAGCUUGGCGGGGGGAAUGGCCCAGAUAGAGAGCGACUGGCUGGACGGCGAGAAAACGCGGCUGUGGGUGGAGAAGCACCGGCAGAACGGCUGGGGCCAGAGAGAGGCGGCUUCGGACCGCCUGUCCCCCGUCAUCAGCCUGCAGACCAUCGCUUCGGACCUGGAGAAAUGCGAUUCGGUGGAGCACCUGGGUGACUUCAGCGAUGGCGCGCUGGCUGACGAGUGGGACUGGAAUAGGAAGGCUCCGCUCGGGCCCGCCACCGCCGGCGGCCAUGAGGCCAAAGUGGGCAAAAUACAACGCCCGCUGAAGCAAACGGGGAGGAAGGAAAAGCAGGACGGCUUGGUCAGCCGGCACCACCGGAGUGUCAGCCUCUGAAUGGAUCGCAAACGGCCCCAAAAAAAUGAGGAGAGUGACGAGUCUAUUUAGAUUACAUUGAUUGAUUGAUUGUGCAUUGUUAAUAUGUGUGUAUAAUAAGGUAAAGCUUUAAAAGGUGUUUGUGUGUACAUAAGUGAAGCUUGACUGAAAAGAUAACUUAUUGAUUUUAGUUAGCUGCUGUAAAAAAGGAAAUUAUUUUCCAAUUCUCAGAACAAUAAACCAAUAUAUUGGUGUUUUCAUCUCAAUACUCA